GUAUUUGGACAACAGCAGAACGACACAUGGUGAACGCCUGCCAUGGCAGUGUGUGGUCGUCGCUGUCAUUGUGCUGUUAUGGAAGGGGUGUGUGAUGUUUGACGAUGCUCACCACGAGCGUAGUUCCAAGGUUGCUCCAAGGUUGGAGAGCGCCUUCUAGUGAGUGCCUACCGUGGGCAGGCGCAAACCGCGCAGCGUUUGCAAUGCAUCAUGUCCGUCUCUACCAUGGACCUGGUCAGCAAUCACCAGUGAUGGGGAGUCGUAGCGUGUGGAUCCAUGGAAUCUACACGUCCGAGCGUCAUGCUAUGCAGCCGGCUGCAGUGCAAGAUCAGUCUCCAAAGUUGCGUCGAUGCACCUGCCCAAUGCAAUCGUCCAUGGCGAGGCGAGCCAAUCGGUGGCUGGGCUCAGGCUUGAGACAAACCGAUAUGGAAGCGCAGCAGGGCAGGAUGCAUGUGCUAUAUUGGCUGUGCGUAACCACGGCCCGGGUGUCUCGCGGCGAUGAUGCACCGGCUGCACCACACGUCGCACAGGUGAUAGUGUGCGCGUCAAAAGAGCCUCUCAUAGAGUCUCAUAGAGUCUCAUAGAGUCUCAUAGAGACACUCUGGGCAGGAUGCAGCCGUUGAGGUGCCGUGCCGACCAGCGGUGCUGUUGCUGGCGCUGUUGCUGGUGCUGGUGCCUGUGCUGGUGCUGGGGCCUGAACAGUAGCUGCGGUGGGUUUUGCCGUGGCCGAGCGGUUGUCGGUCGGUCGUCGACAUCAAGCGCGCCGCGUCACGGG